GUCCCACCAUCCCAUGCCAUUCUCUCCAUGCUCUUUUUCUUCCACGGGCAUGCUUUCAGUGGUUUUCUUUUUUAAUUAUUUUGGAAAAAGAGAAUAGCAUCCUUUUAAUUACCAUCUGGUUGCCGUCUUUCGCUUAUUCAACUAGUCUUUUUUCCCUUCUCUUCUAUACCUUCCUUUUCACUCGUUUCAUCCUUCCGCUCCCUCUGAUACAAGUCUGCGACUCAUUCUGUCUCGCCGCAUUCCUCGCACCAACCGCACCCUCGACCAUCGCCCUUGUUUGAACCACUCGCUACUUGUCUCGUCUACGAGGCCCCGGCUCCUCUUGAAAUCUUUAUUCUACCCGCCGUCGCUGCAUACCUCCCACACCAGUCGUCAUCAUGGCGUCCCAAGUCGUCUCGCAGCACCAGGCAGAUUCCAUUCCAAACGCCUACCACACAGACCUGGAACAACCCGAUCCAGCAUCUGCCUCGUCUCCGUCUUAUAACUCGGCUGGCGCCUCCGAGCUCCUCCACAACCAGCCUACAACCGUCCUACAUAACUCCACAACCACCUCCCACCAGAAGCUAGACGGAAAGGUGGACAUUGUCAACGACAGCGACGACAUGCUUUCCGUAACCUCAACCCCAAGUGACUCGCCAGUCAUGGAUUCUACAACACCCAACGUCCCAGCUCUCCCAGCAAAGAGCAGAAGACGAGCUUCCCGCCUCUUGGCCACCCUGCCUGCCAAGUCCGAGAUCGAGGACUGCCCUAUCCUCACACACGCCGCACCCCAUAUCGUCUACCUCUCUUCCGAAGAGGAUGCUUCCUCCUCUGCCGACGACUUCUCCGACUUUGAAGACCUCUCCGACAGCGAAGCCGCGAAUAACUCUGGACGCCGUACAAGCCACGAAGACGUCGCCAGAGUCGUCAACGUCGUCUUUUCAGGAAAGCCCUCCAUUGUCAACCUUCCUCCUCGAUCCACAUCACCCUCUACCGCCUCAACUUCCUCAACUACCUCUGAAGUCCGCCGCCCCAAGACAUCCGCUGGCCCAGCUGAUAUGGGCUCUGCCCCUUCCCUGGCACGCACAUUAUCGAUCAACUCGACAACCUCUGCCAGCACUGUUCGCCCAGUAAGCAGGCUUGGGUCUUUCGAUAUGCGUCGCCCUACCUUCCUCAAGCUCGACCCCUUUGCUGUCAAGCCCCAUGCAGAUGACUCUGAGCGCCCCAAGACGCCCAAGACACCUACUACCAUGAUCAAGCGCACUCUCAGCCUCGUUAGAAAGCGCAGCAAGCCAUCCUUGAACCAAAGCUUCCGUGAGGGGGACUUCUCUCCCAUGGAGCAGCUUGGCGAGGAAGAAGAGGACAAAGUCCCUACCCUCGAGAACCCCAGCAUCAAGAGAAAGGCCACAUCAUCACCCGCCCCUGUUUCUCCAUCUUCGCCAAAGAACUUCUUUGGAGGUCUAUCCAAGGGCAGAAGAAUGAGCAUCAAGGCAUAAGCUGUUCUCACUGGGAUUUGAUUUUAUUCCGUGUCUUUUUUGUUUUGGUUUAGCGACGGCGUCUUCCUUUUGAUUUUACAACUAUCGAACCGGCACAUACACUCGUUUAUACACAACCACACUCAUUCACAUACCACCAUCGCCACACUCAUUUACACACUGCAUCACUGCUUUCAUAUCGCGCAAUAGGCGGCGCGACUCUGGACUUUACGUGGCCAACGAGCUACGGGAUUGAUGAACGAAGAUUCUGUUCAUGGCGUUUUUUUAAAGAAUUCUCUCAGAGAUUGUUUUGUUUCCUUCUGUUGCAUUUUAACACCCAACCAUUUUUAGUUGGGAUGGCCUGGCAUGGCAGUCCAGGCGGCUACGGGGCGUUUGUAUAGGGACCUAUUUUUAACUUGGGACUCGGGCUAAGAGUCGAAAUUGUAUAACUUUUUAGUUUUAGUAUCAUAUUCAAUGCAAGAAUGUGCCUCUCUUCAUUUUCUCAGUCCUUUCUGCCCGUUGUGUGAUCUUGCCCUGUGCACGUGCGUCAUCGUGAGGGACACCAGGUCCAAGCUGUCUGUGCGGUAUCGCCUAUCGUUG